UUCUCACAAGCCACAUAAACACCAAUCACACAUCUCAAUAAAAAAAAAAUCAGAGACUUCUAGAUCCUUCGUCUUCUUCUCUUGCAAAUUCCUCUACCUGAAUCUUCCAAUAUUUGUAUAUCGAUCAUGAUCUCUGUUGUAAUCAUCGCUGAGUUACUAGUGGAGUACACGGCGGCUCUCGCGAAACUCACCGCCGGGAUUCUUCCAUCGAGACGGCGAGGCGAUAGUAACGUUGUACGGAUUGGUGGUUUCUCUCUGCCUUGUCCUUCUCCGUCGAGCAGUAAUAGAUCGUCGCCGAUUCCAGAUUUCUCUUCUCAUCUCGUUGAUUUCUGAUCUGUGUAGACCACGAAAACGAUUUUGAAUUUUGAUUUCGGAUUUUCUUCUCUUUUUGAUCUAAUCGAAGAUUGGACGGCUGAGAUUUUUCCACGUGUGUCUCUUCUGUCUUUUAUCUCUUCCUCUGGAUUUUGAAUCGCUUAGAGCUUUGUAAAUCUGUAUCGAAAUUUAAUAAUAGAGAUUAUAAUGUUUU